CAGAUCUCUGCCACCGACGGCCCGAGCGCCGUCCUCCGCCACAGCUUCGCCAUGGGCGCGCGCUAGCCCCGCCCUUCUUAUCCCCGCUCCCCGACCACCUAUGGCCGCUGCUGCCGCUCUCGUCCCAUGGCACUUCUCGCGCUCCGCCUCGGCCACAGCAGCCUCCACCCCGCCCCGCCGCUCCGCCGCCAGCGCCAGCGCCUCGUCGUCUCCUGCAGCUCCGUGAGCGACGGGGGCGCGGCGGUGGUGUGGUUCAAGCAUGACCUCCGCCUCGACGACCACCCGGGCCUCGUCGCCGCCUGCGCCGAGCCCCGCCGCCCCGUCGUGCCCCUCUACGUCUUCGACAGCCGCAUCCUCGCCGGUUACUCAGACACGAGGCUGGAGCUGCUACUUUUUGCUUUGAAAGACCUUAAGUUGGCGUUGAAGUCUCAACGGUCUGAUCUGCUCAUAGGCUUGGGAAAUGCUGAAGAUGCUGUUCUGAAACUCGCAAAUGAGGUACAAGCGGGUGUCAUUUAUACAGAAGAGGAAGUUGAACAGUGUGUGUGCAGUGUUUUAGCCAAUGUUGAAUCUUCUUUGUCUAAUGGAUCGUUCACACGGGGAAACCCUCCUGAGAUCAAGUUCUGGAGUGCCCCGUUGUAUGACUAUAAGAGUUUGAGGCAACUGUCAACAUCACGCAACCAAUUUUUGAAUGAGAAAUUCUCGACAACUACAGCUCUCCCUGCCCCAACUCUUCCUACUCUAAAUGUGGAGUUAGACACAGGUUCUCUACCCACACUUGAAGAACUAAAGGUAUUCCUGAAAGAGAGUAGAAUGGCACAAGAUAAUUGGGUUCCUAUCAAGAGCACGUCAGCAAGAUCUAUUCUAAAAGCCGCCCUCAUUCAGAGGAAGAUUAAAAGUAAUGUUUCCUUAAGUGAUGGCGAUGGAGGAAACAUAGAAGAUAUCACCACAAGUGCUGGUGCAUCAGGGAGGAAAAUAGCAGGUUCAAUGUUUGCAUCGGAAAGUUCACUUGAAGUUAGAGGUGGAACAGAUAUUACUCUGGAUGCUUUAGAUGCUUACCUGAAAUACCUAGAAGGCACAGGAAAGGCUAGUUGGCAAGAGUUGCAUGAUAAGGUGCGCUUUGCUGAAACCAGGGAUGGUGCUUCGUUUCGCACGUUAUUUGGUAAUGCAAUUCAGCUUGGAGUCAUAUCUAGGAGGAGAGCUUACCAAGAAACUAUUCAAUAUGAGAGAGAUCGCAAUGCUGGCUUUCUAUCACCGUUUGGAUACUCAACCCCUACAGUGACAUCAGCAGUAGAUGCUAUCUGUUCAUUGGAGUGGUACUGGCUCUUGGCAUUGAAAUCCCAAGUAUCCAUUGAGGGAAAUUAUCCUUUAAAGUUUUGGAGAUGGAAGGGUUAUCUUAUACAGUUUUAUUGGCAGUAUACAUCUGUUGGCCAUGAAGGUCCUGCAGUUCUUCUUGUGCACGGCUUUGGAGCUUCCUUGCAGCACUUUCGUGAUAAUAUCAGCAACAUUGCUGAUGAAGGACACCGAGUUUGGGCAAUUACCCUUCUUGGCUUUGGGAAAUCAGAGAAACCAAAUGUUGACUAUUCAGAACUUCUGUGGUCAGAAUUACUGAGGGACUUCAUUGUUGAUGUUGUGAGGGAUCCUGUUCAUCUUGUAGGCAACUCUAUUGGAGGUUAUAUCUGCGCUAUUGCUGCUGGCUUAUGGCCUUCCCUUGCAAAUUCUCUUGUUCUUCUGAACUCAGCUGGUUCAGUUGUUCCAAAUUACUCCUUCAUCCCAUUGAGUAAAACGCAACGUUUGUUUCUUACUUUUGUUAUGGAAGCAUUCACAACUCUGAUGGCAAAUAUAUUUCAGGAAGGACGAACCUCAUGGCUUUCAAGGUUGCAGGCACGCCUCCUUUUGCUCUUUUUGAGGUCAAGGGCAGGAGGCAUUCUCAAGGGAUACUAUCCUACUAGAACUGAACGGGUUGACAAGCCACUCGUGGAUGAGAUUAUAAGGGCUUCAUAUGACCCUGGUGCGACAACAGUUAUUGAGAGCAUAUUCAACUUCAAUCUUUCAAUUCCUCUUAAUUUUCUAUUUGAUUCUUUUGGAGGUAACGUCUUGGUUAUUCAGGGAAUGAAAGAUCCGCUUACAAAAUCCGAGUCAUUCAUUUCCAUGCUUAGAGAUCAUUGCAGCAAGGUCCAGAUUAGAGAGUUAAAUGCAGGUCAUGCUCCGCACGAUGAAGUUCCUGAUGAAGUGAACUCCUUACUGUCUGAAUGGAUGGAAACGAACAAGACUGAACUUAAGGCAGCUUUGGAGAAGUCCAAGGCAAUUUAGAUAGGUGUCUUACUCGGCAAUGGACCUUGGUUUCAUCAUCAUGAGCAUGCAUUACAUCAUUAUUGCAUUUAUCGAGCUCCGUUCGACGGAAUAUCGACCAAUUGCUGGCGACCUGCACCCUUUGGAAGAUCAUGCGAUGCCCCUGUCAGUUUGGUCACCUUCUUUCUCCGUUGAGAAAGAACAGGGCAUUAGCACUCCAUGACAGCAACCUCUCCGCUGUUCUUAGAGUCCAGAGUGAUAUUAUGUCAGUCAUCAGUCACUCAUGAUACAUGGUGUGAUUAAUUUGUCCUCUUUUUGCGUUGAUGUGCAAUCUUCAGUGAUUUGCUUGUCCUCUUUUUUUCGAGACUGUGAUAUAUGCUUUGCUUUGCUUUGCAUUGCAAGGAAUCUUGUAUAGGUCCGGCAUCAGCAGCACUUUAUAUAUCCCUCUUAGUGCGUAC